CAGAGCACCAAACGUCAUUCCUCUGAUCUGAGACAGAGACUACAUCGAUAACCCAGCUCGUCACCUGUCACUCGUUCAAACAAAGUAACUCUGUCAUACCUUGUCUCAGAAGCCAUUCUCGCCUCGAACUUCAUCCCACCCACAUUCCACCACCACCACCACCAAAAUGGGCCACAAAGCCUCCGUCAUCCACGGCGUCAGAUCAGAAGAUUACUACAAGCCCGGCAACGCAAUCAACGAGAUCUGGAUUGGUCACCUCGAACUCAUCUCUCGCCUCCCGUUCGGAGACUCCGAUAUGGGUCAGGCUGGAUGGCCGGCGGGCAGUUUCCCCAAGAUCCCCUGGCAUAACUUCAUCAUUCCUUUGAAACGCCGAGGACUCGUUGAGGCGGACUGGAACGAUCGAUAUUCUGAAAAACUGUCGGGAGGGGAUCAAUCGGCGGAUCGGAGUGAUGUUGGUCUUGCGUCCCAGGUUACGUCCUUAGUACCAGCCUUGGCUAUGCUAUCCCUCGUCGUCCUCGCAUUUGGUCUUCCGGUGGUUCUGAGACGGUAUACCCUAUCAUUCAAUCGGAUCCGUGGGAAUGGGAUAGAAAAGUGCAAGCAGCGCAGGGAUGGAUACGCUAUACGGACGUGCAUCGCUAUUAUCUCCCUCAUUACGGGCUUGUUGCUUUCUCUGCUUGUUUUCCAAGUCCUGGCGGAUGUCGGACAACUGGGGAUACUCAAUGAUUCGGUCUCGGUGUUGGUGCAGGUAGUGGCGGCCGUUGCGGUUGGUAUUGGUUUCUGUUAUUCGGUUAGGGCAGCGUAUUCGCUUUGGGUGGAUUGGAGGGACGUUUCUCGUUGGCUGGGAGAGGAUGAUAUUGUUUCGGAAAGUGUUAUGAUAGAGGAGAAUCUUCCGAUGAUUGUGUCUUCUUGGGUGGAACGGCAGCAUCGGGCUUGAUUGAUAUUAUUGCUUGGAUCCUGUUGACGAUUUUAUGUCAUGAUUCAUUUCCUAUUUUUAUGAUAUCCUUAGCACAGCUUGCCUAUAAACUCCAAAUAUACAGCGGACCCAGUCCAAUUG